CGCUGGUCCCGAUCCGCCAUCCUUUCACAAUAUUACUCAUCUCCUUUGGAUAUUCUGACCGAUGAGGAUUAUCGAGCAAGGAUCAGCCGCGUUCAACAUGGCCUCAUUUUGUUCUACCUUCAGUGGGAAGGAGGGAGCCGCACGGUGAAGGAGCAACUCCUCAACGUUUUGACGGACUUUCAUAAGGACUCGGAAUUCCAAGUGCCGUUUCUGGGUGCUCUAGAUUGCUACGAUUGGCCAUUAGUCUGCGAACAGGAGUCGAUCAGAGAAUACCCGACUGUUAGACUCAUCAAAGACGGUCAAAUUCUGGAUUACAGGAGGACACUGACCGUCAAAGAUCUUAGAUCAACUCUCAAGCUGUUGCAGAGGCCAGCUGUCGAAUUGAUCGGGACGAUCAAAGGAGCCGAAGACUUCUUGUCUUCCGAAACGCUCGACAAAUACGAAAUGGAGCAGAACGUGAUCCUCUUCUGGCCGAAUCUUGCCAGCAGUGAGACAUGGACCUUCUUGACUCCGUCCAUUGGCCCAAACAGACGUUACGUUGGG